AUGGCCAAUGCAUAUUUGGCCAUGCUGUUGUACCUUCAGUCUGAAGAUGCCAAAAAGCCAGUGCAGAUCUACUUCUCCAGCCCGGGUGCCGCUCUGAAGCCGGCUCUGGCCUUGUAUGACACCAUUGGCCAGCUGAAGGCCAAAGGCUGUAAGGUUACCACGGUCAGCUACUCUCUUUGUGCCGGGAUGGGUGCCUUCUUGGCAGCUUCUGGCUCGCCUGGGCGACGCUUUGCGACUCCAAACUCAUUGUUUCUGCUUUCCAAAACAGGACUGGAAAGUCCAGUCCAAGGUCAGGCGACCGAGAUCGAAUUAGAGGCAAAGCAGAUGCUGCGGGAAAGUGAACGCAUCGAGGAAGAGCUGACCAGUAUCACUGGCAGAUCUCUUGAGCAGAUCCGAAAGGAUUUGCGACGGAACUUCUACUUGACCGCAGCAGAGGCUGUAGAGUAUGGUCUGAUAGACAAGGUCUUGGUGCCGCAGGACGACAAAGGCUCCAAGCUCGACCAGGGCACUCGUGAUCCGUGGAGCGGCCAGGUCGUAAAGCCGCAGGUCGGCUUCGGUGUCUUCGCAGAUCCAGAUCAGCCUCGAACCGCUGUCUGA